AAACAAUGGCGGGAGAAGACGAGAAAAAAAUGUCUUAUGAUCGGAGAGGAGGUGGCAAAGAAAGAACUGACCACCGGAGAAGCGGUCGGAAUGAAACCGUUAGAGAACAAAAUCGACGGCUGGAAAUCGGCGGCGAUCGCGUAUUCCGUCUCCGUUUAUCCUCAGCUACUGAUUGUCGUCGCUAUAGAGCAAGUGGGCUCAAUCAUUAUCCGUGAGGUGGAGCAAGAAGUGAAGCUUGUUGUUGGUGUGAAGAAAGAACUCGAAAAGCUCAAGAGCAAUCUCAUGGCGAUCCGUGGUGUUCUUGCUGAUGCAGAAGAAAGGCAGCUCAAGGAAAUCGCUGUCAAACAGUGGUUAGACAAGCUCAAUGCGGUUUCCUACGACAUGGAUGAUGUGCUCGACGAGUGGAGCACCGCGAUUUUUAAAUCGCAAGUUGAAGGAGAAGAUCAUAAUUCUGCAUCGAAUCCUAAUAGUAAGAGAAAUGUACUCUCCCUUAUUAAAUCGUCUUGCUUUUGUUUUAAGGAAGUCGGCCUCCGUCAUGACAUUGCUCAUAGAAUUAAGGAAUUGAAUGAAACUUUGAAUGAUAUUAAAGUUCAAAAAGAUAUGUUUGGGUUUGAUAUUGGAAAGGGCACCACCAAAAAAUCUGAAACCCUAAUAACCACCUCUCUUAUCAAUAUAACAGAGGUGCAGAGUAGAGAGCAGGAAAAAAACCAGAUCGUUAACUUGUUAUUGAGUGAGAGUAGUCAAAGUGCUUCACUAGACAUUGUCGCUAUGGUGGGGAUGGGAGGAAUUGGGAAGACGACUCUUGCCCAGUUAGCUUUCAACCAUCAUCAAGUGAUAUCUUGUUUUAAUGUGAGAAUGUGGGUGUGUGUUUCACGCCCAUUUGAUUCACUGAGGAUUUCCAAGGCAAUCCUUGAAUCUCUUUUUGGGGACGCCCAUAGAUUUGGUGAACUUGAAACUGUGGUCAACCGAAUUGAACAAACUAUUAGGGGAAAGAAAUUUUUGCUUGUAUUGGAUGAUAUGUGGGAUGAUGGUCCUGAGAAGUGGAUGCAACUAAAACAUUGUUUGCUAGGUGGCUUACCAGGAAGUAAAAUUCUGGUGACUACACGUAGUGAGAGUGUUGCAAGGAACAUGGGAUGCGCAAGAAACGGCCUAAUUCAACUAGGAAAAUUACCUCUACAAGAAUGCUGGUCCAUAUUUAGCCAGAUUGCAUUCUUUGACAGAGAUACUGAAGAGCGUGAACAACUAGAAAUUAUUGGCAAGGAAAUAGUUGAGAAGUGUGAUGGUUUGCCUCUUGCUGCGAAGGCUCUAGGAAGUCUUUUGCGUUUGAAAAGUUCAGCACAGGAUUGGAGGGAUGUGUUGAAUAGUAAGCUAUGGGAAAUACCAGGGAUAUGGGAAGCUAAUAGUGGCUUGGCCUCCUUAUGGUUGAGCUACUAUGAUUUGCCUUUAGAAUUGAGGCAUUGUUUCUCAUAUUGUGCUAUCUUUCCUAAGAGUUACAAGAUAGAUAAAAAUAACUUAAUUGAUAUGUGGAUGGCUCAAGGUUAUCUCGGAGCAACUUCAACCAAAAAGAACGCAAAGAGAUGUGGGGAAGAGAACUUUCAAGAUUUAAUUAGACGUUGUUUCUUUCAAGAUUUGGAAAAAAAUGGGUUUGGAGUAAACAAGUGCAGAAUGCAUGACAUAUUGCAUGAUUUUUCCAUGUACCUUACAAAGAAUGAGCUUUUUAGCAUGGAAGUUGAGAAUUCUGACGAGAAAAUAGAGCAGUCUCUAUCUAGAGAAGCACGGCACUUGAGGAUAGUGCUUGGGAAAGAAAGUUCAUUUCCAAGCUCUAUCUCCACAAUGAAAAAUCUGCGAACGCUUUGGAUUCAGUCUCAUGGUACAAAGCAUAUUGGUGCAACUCUAUCUAAUGUGUUUGACAAGUGCAUUGGUUUGAGAUCAUUGAUCCUGCGGAGUUGCGACGUUUCAGAGAUCCCAUCCUCCAUAAACAAUUUAAUACACUUGAGGCAGCUUGACUUGUCUAGUAAUCAUAGAUUGAGAAGGUUGCCUGAAAAUGUAUGUGAAUUAUACAAUCUGCAAACACUGGAUGUUGGUGACUGUAAAUUUGUGAAAUUGCCCGAGAGAGUAGAAAAUUUAGUCAACUUGAGGCAAUUAUACAACUUCGGCACGAAAUUUUUGCCGAAGGCAGUUGGGAGAUUAACUAAUCUGACAACUUUGACAGAGUUCAUAAUCAGUAAUGAUACUGAAACUGCAUGUUCUCUCAGAGAUCUCAACAACUUGAACCAGCUUCAGGGAGAGCUUGUUAUAAGAGGAUUGGGCAAUGUGAGAAGUGUGAGUGAAGCUAAGGAAGCCCAACUCAUAAAAAAGACUCAAAUUAUUGGUUUAGAUUUAUUUUUUAAUGGAGAGGAAACAGAAUGCAGAGAAAAAAUGGAUGAAGAAAUAAUAGAAGCCAUAAAGCCUUGUCCAAAUGUGGAAAAAUUACGUAUAGUCGACUACAGAGGAACCACACUAGUCCCCAGUUGGUUGUUUUUACUGAAUAAUCUGAGGGAAUUGUCUUUGAAAUGCAGUAACUAUGAGCAUUUGCCUCCUCUGUGGAAAUUGCCAUCCCUUGAGUCACUUUGUCUGGAUGAGAUGACAGGUAUUAAAAGAUUGGGUUCCGACUUUGUUGGAAUUUCAGCAGCCGAUCAUGUUCGGAGUCAGAUUUCUUCAUCCACAUAUGCAAAUGUUGCUUUCCGCAAGUUGAGUCAUCUGAGUUUUUAUUGGAUAUGGAAUUGGGAAGAUUGGGAAAGUGCGGAGAUGAGCAAUUUGGAUGUUGAUAUCACAGUAAUGCCCUGUCUUCGCAAUUUGACGGUAAUGUACUGCCCAGAGUUAAAGGCUUUACCAGAUUACCUUCUCCGUUUGAAAACAUUAGAAGAAGUUAAGAUCCAUGAGUGCCCUAUUAUCCAUGAAGAUUACAAACAGCAGAAGUAUAGUGCUGAAAAGUGGCAAAAUCCUAACAUCCGCAUAAGCUGCUUGUCCGUCUCCAAUGCGGAACGUAACACAUUCCUUGCAAACGCUGUUCUUGAAGAUCCAGGGACAGGAGCACCAAGAGAACUCGACAACAAGUUCAAACAUAAAAAUGACGAAUUGGCCAAGGAAGUUGAGCGACUCCAAGCAGAUAGAUAUACCGAGGCUGAAGAAUUAAAGUAUUUACGAUGGAUAAAUGCAUGCUUGCGGCAUGAAUUACGUAAUGUACAGCUACCACCGGUCGUCAAAGGUGGAAGCGAAUCCAUGAGUCCUCAGUCUAAGGAGAAAGCAAAGCAGCUAAUUCUUGAAUAUGCCGAUGGUGAAGUUAUGAAUAACUCUGACUGGGAUGAUUCUGAUGGUUCGUCUACAAACAGCAACCCCACCAAAAUGAACGCUUGGUCAACAAACAGAAACCCCAACAGAGAGAAAUUUUUGGGCAAGCUCAAGAGACUUGUUGAGAAAAAAGAUAUGGAUCAUCAUAAUGAUGUACCAUCAGGGAGCAAAUCUGAAGCAGCAGAGGAUUCUGAUUCUCCACGUGGCGUUUAAACCUGAGUAUAAACAGAAGAUUCAAGGCAAAUGUCUCAGUCCCGAGUCUGAGGAGAAAGCAAAUGCCGACAUUGAAGAGAUGGAAGAUUCUGAUGAUUCACCAACAAACAAACAGCAGCAACGCCACCAAAAAUAUUCCGGCAAGCUAAGGAGAUUCUGAUUCUGAAGCUGUAGAUGAUUCAUAUUCUGAUUCUCCAUGUGGAAGUUAAAUCCGAGUAUUAACAGAAGAUUCAAGGAUUAGGAUAGUCACAUGAAUUGUUUAUAAAAUGAAAUUAAUAUUAUUGGGUCAAUUCCGAUUCCAUGGCUUAACGAUUUUAGUUUUUUUUUUUUU